AUGUCCGUGUCCAGCCCCUCGAACCUGGAGGGCAGCAGCCCCUGCGCACGAGGCCGCCGGGCCUCCGAGAGGGAGGACGCGGAGCCCAACGAGGAGAAGAUCUGCGCCGUGUGCGGGGACCGAGCCACAGGUUACCACUUCCACGUCAUGACCUGCGAGGGCUGCAAAGGCUUCUUCAGGCGAUCCAUCAACAAGGGCGUCCACUUCACCUGCCCCUUCGCCCAGAGCUGCCCCAUCACCAAGGCCAAGCGGAGGCAGUGCCAGGCGUGCCGCCUCCAGAAGUGCCUCGACGCAGGCAUGAGGAAGGACAUGAUCAUGUCAGAGGAGGCUCUGCAGAAACGGCGAGCGCUGCGGCGGCAGCGGCGGCUGGCGCGGGAGGUGCCGGGGCAGCCGGGGGGGCUCACGGCAGAGCAGCAGGAGCUCAUCAGCAUCCUCAUCACGGCCCACAAGAGAAGUUUCGACUCCAGCUUCUCCCAGUUUGUGCACUACCGGCCCGCCGUGCGGCUCUACAUCCACAGCCCGCAGCCCCGCAGCCCGCUGGAGCCCGGCGGCCACCCCGUGUCACCCCCACUGGCGGCGGGGUGCCUGGAGCCCAACUGCCUGCCCGAGGACGUGCUGCCCGACGUCUUCUCCAUGCUGCCCCACUUGGCUGAUCUUAGCACCUUCAUGAUCCAGCAGGUCAUCAAAUUUGCCAAGGAGAUCCCAGCCUUCAGGAGCUUGCCCAUCGAUGACCAGAUCUCGCUGCUCAAAGGUGCCACCUUGGAUAUCUGCCAGAUUCAGUUCAACACGGUCUUCAACGAGGAGACCAAAGCCUGGGAGUGCGGGCAGCACUGUUAUACCAUCCAGGACGGGGCCCUAGCUGGGUUUCAGCAGAUCUACCUGGAGCCGCUGCUCAAGUUCCACAUCAGCCUGAAGAAGCUGCGGCUGCACGAGGCCGAGUAUGUCCUGCUCCAGGCCAUGCUCCUCUUCUCACCAGACCACACGGGUGUUGCUCAGCGGGAGUUUAUCGACCAGCUCCAGGAGAAGGUGGCCCUCACGCUCAAAAGCUACAUCGACCACCAGCACGCCAUGCCCGAGGGCAGGUUUCUCUAUGCCAAGCUGCUGCUGCUGCUGACGGAGCUGCAGACGCUGAAGGUGGAGAACACACGGCAGAUCCUGCACAUCCAGGACCUGUCCUCCAUAACGCCACUGCUCUCCGAAAUCAUAAGCUAGACCCCACGCCGCCAGUCUCUGCACUGAAACCUCGCAGCCUCUGUGUCGAGCCCUGGCCCCUGCAG